UAUUUGUCUUCUUUGCAGCCUGGUUUGGUUAUUUAAGGGUUGAGCGGUAAUGCAGAAUACAAAGGACACACUUGAAGUUGCCUAACGGACAUCAGCAAAGGGCACCGCGCGAGGAAGCCGCUGUGCAGGAAGCUGCCGCAGCAGGUGAUUGCCCUUAUUUGGUAACGGCCCAGAUCACGUGACCACAAAAUGGCGGAAGCUGCGAGCUGUGCGUGAGCCCGAGCAUCUCCAAGACGAGCAAAUAGGCGGAGAACCGGGAAGUACACCGAUGCGCUGAGAGCCCGGAGCCCCGGCAGCGGUCCUUGUGGGGAUGGACCCGUUAUCAGAGAGUAAAAUGAACUCUGAGGGGGGCGAAGGCCGACCAGUCCCUCCUACCUCGCUGCCCCUGCAGGGAGGUCCCAGCCAAAGAAAGAAGCUCUCCGCCCCCCGGAUCAGCCUUUCCCUGGACCAGAGCGAGGACGACCUGGGGGAGACGCCCGAUGACCUCGACAUCAACGUCGAUGACCUGGACACUCCGGAUGAGGAGGAUUACCUCGACUACACGGACCACGAGAUGGACCUGGAAGACCCCAAUGCCACCAGCAGGAGCGGGCCGAGUGAGCCUCACUGCCCGAUCCCCACGUACAGCGCUGAGGAGGAGCGCCAGGACGGGAAGCUGUGGAGGACGGUCGUCAUCGGGGAGCAGGAGCACCGGAUCAACAUGAAGAUCAUCGAGCCCUACAUGAGAGUGGUCUCCCACGGAGGCUACUAUGGCAACGGAGUGAACGCCAUCAUCGUGUUUGCUGCCUGUUUCCUGCCGGACAGUGACCGAGAGGACUACCACGAAAUAAUGGAGAACCUCUUCCUCUUCGUGAUCAGUACGCUGGAGCUGAUGGUGGCGGAGGACUACAUGAUCGUCUACCUGAAUGGAGCCACGCCCCACAGAAGAAUGCCAGGCCUCGGCUGGCUGAAGAAAUGCUAUCAGAUGAUUGACAGAAGGCUCAGGAAGAACUUGAAAUCCUUCAUCAUUCUGCAUCCGUCGUGGUUCAUCAGGACCAUUCUGGCCGUCACCAAGCCCUUCAUCAGCACCAAGUUCAGCAGCAAGAUUAAGUACGUGAACAGUUUGGAUGAACUGCAUGAAUCCAUCCCCAUGGACAGCAUCCAGAUCCCAGAGUGCAUCAUUAGGCUCGAUAAGGAACUGAAGGAAGCUGCGGAUAACUCAAAGAGGAAUAGUUUUUUGCUGGGACUCGAUCCGACAGCAGCCGGCGGAGCGGAACCCCAAGCAGCCGGCGCCAGCGGCUCUUAAAACAAACGUCCUAAAUGGACCGGUGGUCUCGAUGUCCUGAAGUCACUGUUGUAUUGUGCGAGUGAAGCUGGAAAGGCUUGUGCAGCUGCUGUGUGUGUGUGUGUGUGUGUGUGUGUGUGUGUGUGUGUGUGUGUGUGUGUCAGUGUUUGUUCAUUAGACCCUGGAGUUUGAUGUGGAACUCGCAGUAGCUGGAUCUCAUUCUUAAUGGCGGCUGUAGCAUCUAUUUCACCUUAACAUUAGCACUCCAGAGAGCUGUUUUGUUGUGCGUGAUGCUCGGCCGCACGAAACGCAAUUACACAUCAGACGUACGCAGCACAAAUCAAUGCGUCGCGUUGUGUGCACGAGAAGCAGUGAAGCAAUAAUAUCGCCCUUUACUGGUCACACACACACCCUCGGUACUUCAGAUAAAACAGUCGACUUGUGAGUCAGCGGAAGAAAAAAACCCCGUGCCAUAAAUUACCGGGUACUGCAUUUAAAAAAAAAUCCACUCCUUAAUUCUUUUUAAGACCGGGGAGAAAAAAAAAAAAAAAAGCAAUUUCAAGUUCAUAAAGUCAAUGGGAAACCUGGGAGGAAGAAGCCAUCCGUGCCGAGUCAGAAUCACUUUCUCAGACUCCGACUGGGAAUCAUCUCUUUAGCUCCUCUCGGACCAUCGAGCCUCAGCAAAUUAAAGACGGGGUUUCUGUAAAGCACAAUAUCUUCUGUGUCCACACGCAUGCGUGUGUGUGUGUGUGUGUGUCCGUGCAUGUUGCCUCGUAGAUAACCGAAUGUCCUCUUACCCGUGAGUCUUAAGUGGCGUUCGGAGGAUGUGAAAAAUAACUUAUGGAUCACUGUCAAGUAAUUCAAAUAAAUUAAGUGAAAUUAAA